AUGGUAGGUGAAUCCGCAGCAACAUCUUCCUCUUCAUCUUCACUCGCUGCAGAUCAACAACAACAGCAGCAGGAAAAUUCAUUUCUUCCAGGUAGUAGAGAGCAAGCGCGUACCCACUGUGGUGUAGCAGAGUUUACUGCUGACGAAGGCACUGUCCGUUUUGGGCCAAAAGUGCUUUUUUCACUGGCGCACGAUCGACACAAAGGUGGCAAACACGAGUCCGCUAGAGUGGAGAAAGUCAAAAUCCGUUUCGUCCGUCUCUUCCGCCACAACCGCUGUCGCUGCGUUUUUCAGCCGAAGGGAGGCGGUUUUUUUGGGGAAAACAACGACCAAGAGGUAGUAGACAUCAAUCUAAAAGCUGUGCUGGAGACGCAGCUUCGGUUUCACACGUGCUUAAGUGAAGGGGACAUUAUUCCUGUGAGACAUGAAGGCCGCACUUACUUCUUGCAAGCCAAGCUGUUGGAGCCGGAUGAGGCACUUUUACUUCUAGAUACGGAGAUGGAGAUCGAUGUUUUACCGAGUGAGCAAGUAGAAUUUGAGGAAAAGUUGGCGAAGAUCAGAGCGGAACGAGCUGAACGCUUGGCGAAAGAACGAGCCUUGGCGGUGGAGAAGCGUGCUGCAGCAGCAGAUGAGGAAAGGGCGAGGAGAAGGAAGUGGGAUGAAGAACAGAACUCAACUUCAAGUUCAUCCACUUCAACGUCAACCCCAUCUAAUACAACUAGAACAGUCGACAUCCAAGUCAAAUUACCAAAUGGGAAAACGGUAAGUCGAACCUUUAGUAAUCCAGAAACAGCAACUCUGUCUCGAGUUUUUCAGUGGUUGGAGAAUACCGAAAUAACGAUGGAGUUCACAUGGACGGCGUCGAAUCCUGCUUUGCCGUUUGAACUAGUCCAGUCCUGGCCAGGGCAUCGACGCGUGUUCGGUAAGGACAAGGAGUUGGAUGAGACUCUGAGUAAAUUGGGGCUAAACGGUAGAAGAGAACAAUUGUUCUGGAAGCAGAUGGGAGCAGCGGAGACGACUGAAGAAAGUACUGGAGGAACUGAAGCCACUACCAACCCAGCAGGACCACCAGGAGCUUCAACAUCUUCUACUGGCAAUGUUGCAGCUAAUCCCUCCAGCAAAACUUCAUCCCCAACAGAGCAGCAAGAAGAACGACCGACCGUUCCACGACUCCCGACUGCCUGGAGAGACGCGGGGGAGCAGGCUUUCGCUCAAAUUGACACGCAAAAGGUCGUUGAGGACGUUGACAUGUCCUCGGCAUCGUCGUCUGCUUCUACUAGUGGUGGUUUACAGGCAGACGGCGGAUCUUCAGGACUAGGAGGUACAAAUAACAACGACCUUGCAGCUCAAGCUGAUGCCACUGGGACUGGAUCAUCUACCGGACAACAAAAGGAAAAGAUCGACACCGUAGCAAUCUUUCACCUUUUGCGAGCAAGUGAGGGCAAUACCAACGACCCUCAGGAAGACGCAGCUUUGGCACAGAAGUGGGGUGCGCAGUUGUUGCAGUUAGCAGACCUAGGCUUUGGGCCUGAACUGUGGUUGUCAAGGUGUAUCCCGUUGCUGAAAAAAUGGAACGGACAUAUGCCGAGGGUCAUGAAUAGCUUGAUGAUGGAGGGGGAAUAGUACUUAGAUCUCUGAGUUGUGGAGAAGCAAGUAAAUGAUCAUGACCUUAAUAUGUUUUUUUGUCACCCUCUUCUCGACUAUGUUCUUGAUAUCUCUACGCUGCCACAUUGAUAGGAUGCAUGCUUGAUGCUUCCACAGUCUGAGUGGUUCCGCUGUUAGGUGUCUCACCUUCCUCUUCAUAUCUUCAUUGUUAACGCAAUCGCAAUGAGCAAGAGAGCUGUUCUUGAAUAGUACAGGACAGUACCACUCCAAAAACCUAGAACCCUUUUCCUCUCUUGAAAUUUUUGGCACCAUCUCAUCUAACGAUUCAUCAAUCAGAUUGGAAAGGUUUUUUCAAAAGUCUUCAU